CUACCAAGGUUCGGAUACGUGCCCGAGUCAAAGUCCACCACUCAUUCAAAGUAUCUUAACUGCUUGACCUUGAUCGCCUCGACCGCUCUCAUACGUUCAUUCAAACGAAUUCAACACAACACCCAGCACCCGUUCUCAAAGACUCGGUUCUCAUUUCCCAAAUCUCAUAAUGCCUCCCGUCCCGGUGUACACCCAGAGCCCCAUCAACGCGGCCAAAGCCUCGGGCGUAACGCCCCAAACCGCCGCGCCAGCAGACAACGCUACCGCUGCGAACCCGCCAGCCCAGACGACCGCCACACCAAACGGCGAACCAUGGCCUAAUCCAACACCGACGCGGACAGUCGCCUCCCAGGGCCCUCCUCCCCCCCAACCAGGCGCAGUCCCCCGCCUUCCAGAGGUCACUGGCGCUCCAUCACUAUCAUCGCCAGCAGGAACAGGAACAGGAACAGGAACAGGAACAGGCACAGCGCCAGCGCCGGCGCCCUCGCCACCAGCACCGACGCCAGCUCCGAUCCCCACAACGCAGAUUCCCGGCAUGAGCUACCCGCCGCAGAUGGACAUGCCGCCCCCCGCCGUGCCUACCGACCAGCGUGGGGUGACGUCCACCGCUAAUAGCGGUCCAGCUGGACCUUCUUCUUCCGCUUCUUCUUCACGGCCAUUGUGGGACGCUCCUGCUCACCCAGGCCCAGGCGCUGGUUCGGGAGGAAUGUAUCAGCAGAAUGCUUCUUCAGGAGGGGAUCGUCACUCAGGGUAUGUGGCGCCUUAUCAUCAGGCCGGUAGGGGUUAUGAUGGCGAUGAUAGGGAAGAGGCGGAGGAGCAGGAGGGUUUGUUUAGCUCUGCCAUGAAGAUUGCCAAGGCUGCUGGGGAAAAGCUGGCUGCGGCUGAGAGCGAGGUUUGGAGGAGGAUUAACGGGGAGAAGAGCUGAGCUGUCCUUUUU